GGGGCGGGUAUAAAUAGCGGGCGGCCGCACCACGUGCUCCUUUUUGCAGAGACGCCGCCAUCAUGGAGGGACCGCGGACACAGGCCGUCAAACUGGCGCGGGUUACCAAAGUUCUUGGAAGAACUGGUUCCCAGGGACAGUGUACACAGGUUCGUGUGGAAUUUAUGGAUGACAGCAACCGAUCCAUCAUUAGGAAUGUGAAGGGACCAGUCCGUGAGGGAGAUGUGCUCACACUUUUGGAGUCUGAACGUGAAGCAAGAAGAUUACGAUAACAGGUAUGCCAACUGCCACCUGAAGAUCCUUACCUCCACAAUUGGCUACAGACAUUUGCAAACUUUUUUGGACAAAAUGCUACAAUAAAUUCUGUAAAUUAGCUGA